AUGAUUGUAAACCAAGUUCAUCAACAAGAACGAUACUCCUCCAGUGGUGUAAAUCGCAUUCACCAUGCUUCCCAGCUCAUGCGACUUCGAGCUCAAAUACGGUCACCUACUCUUUCCUCCCUGUCAUCAACACCGUCGUUAUCACCAUCGUCUUCUUCGUCGUCGCCGUCAUGCUAUAAUUCGGCGACUACACCACCGCCAUUGACUCCUCGUUCCACGUUCCGAACAUCAACAACCUAUAACAGCAUCGGCUAUCACCAUCACCAAUAUCACCGUUAUGACGCAGACGAUGACGAAGACGACAUUGAUCAAAACAAUGACAGUAGUAUUGCCUAUCAGUACGACGAGAACGAUGAUGACGAGGACGAUGAUAAUGCAUCGCAGCUCACCCAUCUAUCUGAACUUGCUCGCGCCAGCAUGGAGAGAAAGAAACGGAGCUACUACCAUCAAUAUUUCGGCAGCAAUAGUAGCAUUUCUGAUAAUCACCUUGCAUUGCCUCCCAAACAAUCUAUCCAGCAAGAGAAAAAGAAGCCGACACCAUCGUCUUCAUCACCCCUUUUACGAACGAGUCGAAGCAAUUGUUUCACAUCAUUCGCCCUUGCCUCAGAACAUCUGCUUCGUCAAGAGCAAGUACAAGAGCAAGUACGACAACAAGUGCUGCAGUAUCAACAGCAGCAACAGCAACCACAACCACAACCACAGCCACAGCCACAGCAAGCUUAUUAUGACGAAGAAGCGAUUGACGAUGGUAUCAGUGUCAGCACCAUCACAACAGAUUCGACUUGGUCAUUGUCUUCGGAUGAGGAGGAAGACGACGAUGAAUCCAUUUUUGGUGACAAUAACAAGCGACGUGUGCAUUCUUCACCAAUGCUGUACAAUGACAGCAGUAGCAGUGUGGUUUCGUCUUCCACAUCAACGCUAUUAUCAGAAGACCGGAGACUUCCCCGACCAGCUACUGCAUACUUUAUUUCAAUGUCGCCUUCAGCUGCAGCAGCUGCAUCCGCUGCCCGUAAACGUCGCUGGCAGGCUCGACCCAUGUGGAAACGGACCAGUACUUCUCCAGUGUAG